CGCCUAAUGGGCUGUCGGCCCAUGUUUGGGCGAUGCGUGAACCCCAAACAUUUACCAGCCUAGCCCAAAUGAAUCACCACGCCGAGCUAUAUAUAUAAGCUCCCACUCACAAACCUUCUUCAGAACCCUAGAAGCCGCAGCUUCCCAUUCCUCGCCGCCGCCGCCGCUCCGUACCCGCUCGAAGCCGACCCGACCAUGGCGGACGUCGACGUUGACACGGAGGUGGCCGCGGGCGCGCAGCCGAAGAAGAGGACGUUCCGCAAGUUCAGCUACCGUGGCGUGGAUCUCGAUGCCCUCCUCGACAUGUCCACUGACGACCUUGUCCAGAUGUUCCCCGCUCGCGCCCGCAGAAGGUUCAAGAGGGGUCUCAAGAGGAAGCCCAUGGCGCUCGUCAAGAAGCUGCGCAAGGCGAAAAAGGAUGCUCCUGCUGGUGAGAAGCCUGAGCCAGUGAGGACACAUCUCCGCAACAUGAUCAUUGUCCCUGAGAUGAUUGGCAGCCUUAUCGGUGUCUACAAUGGCAAGACCUUCAACCAGGUUGAGAUUAAGCCUGAGAUGAUUGGCCAUUACCUUGCAGAGUUCUCUAUCUCCUACAAGCCAGUGAAGCACGGUAGGCCCGGUAUCGGUGCCACACACUCUUCCCGGUUCAUCCCUCUUAAAUGAGUUGUGCCGCUUUCUACUUUGAAAGAAAUCAGUACGGACCAUCUGAUGGCAUGUCCAUCGAGCUGUCUCCCUUGUUUUGAACCAGUUAUAUAUCUAGUAUUUGGUUCUGUUUAGCUAUAUAAUUUCGUUAUGCACAAUGAGCUGUUCUAUCUAAAUGCUGUGAGAAUCUUAUUUCCGUUGUGAAGGUUCAUUUUGAUUCA